AUGGGAGAAGGAUUUGUUGGACUUCACGUAACGGUGGAGACAAAGCUAGAGGCUCUAGGCUCAAGGAUGAGUCAUAUUGAAAAGAACCAGCGGAUUUUGAAAAGAAGGGCUAAGAAAAUGGAAGACAAGCUAACUUCUAUUGAGAGUAAGGUGGUACCGAGUCAUGGUGAAGACAUGGAUUUUCGACAGUGGGACUAUGGUACAUAUGAAGAGAAGGAGAAAGCUAAUUCUGAGAAGGACAAAGCUAAUGUUGAGCAAGAGGCUGGGAAAGAGAACGAUAACUUCGAGAAUACUGAGCAAGAGGCUGAGAGAAAAAAUGAUGAAGAAGGGGAAGAGAAAGAGGCUGAUGACAAUGCUCAGCAAGAGGAUGAGAAAGAGAAGGAAAAUAGUGAGGGUGAUGAGCAAGAUAAGGAAGACAGUGAGAGUGAGAGUGAGAAUGAGACUGAUGAGUUGAAGCAAUUGAAGGAGAUAUGUAGAGCACAAGCUGAUAAACUGUGGAAAGAAAUUGAAGCGGAUGAAGAAGAGGUUGGAGGGAAACAGGAUGAAGAAGAAAGUGAAGAGAAAGAGGCUGAAACCAGUGACGAAGAGAAGGAGAACAGUGAGGAUGAUGAGAAAGUUGAAGAAAAAGUUGUGGAAUCUGAGGCUGAAGGCGAAGAUGAUCAAGCAGAGGUUGAAGGGAAAGAGGAUCAAGAAGAAGAAGUUGAAGGGAAAGAGUUUGAAACCAGGGAGCAAGAUAAGGAGAAAAGUGAGACUGCUGAGGUGGAAUCUGAGGCUCGGGAGGCAGAGAUAGAAAAAGGAACUCCGACACCACCACGUGGAAAUCAUACAGAGGGAACUCCCAAAGAUAAUCACAAUGAGCCUCGGGUUGAGACGAAUAGAACCGAUGAAACUCCAAUACCACCACGUGGGAAUCAGAUGGAGGGAACUCCCACACCACCACGUGGUAGGACUAAGGCAAUGGCUGCGAGGGGACUAAUGACAAGGCCUAUGGAGGGAGAACCUGGAAAAGGUGUUGAAGUUGUUGCGGAAGAGACUGGAAACAGAGGGAAAAAGCAGGAAGAAAGUUGCAGAAGAAGAGAAAAAAGAGGAAGAGGCUGUGAAAGCUGUUGA